AUAUUUAAUUAUUAAUUAAAAAUGAAAUUAACAGUGUUUUCUCUUUUAGCGAUCUUAUGUUUCGUGAUAGUCAGCGCAUAUGUACCUCCAGAUGAGCUAGAGAUAGAAGACGAUACGAGCUCGGAGGAAGAUGAAACGAAUGCCCAUAUCGCUGAGGACGUUCAAAACUUAAAACUUGAUUUAGAUGAGGUACUGACUUUUUGGGAGAAGACCACCUCCAAACUGAAUAAGGUGGCUAACGAUAUAUCGAAGCUUUCAAAAGUGAGCGGUGACGAUAUCGGAUCUGCUCGUAGAACGGUGGAAGAAGACUUAGCUUAUUUAACGGAGGCUUUAGGUGAAGUUAAUAAGAAAUUUCGUAAGGCAAAGUUUAAUUAA